AUGGAGCUGGGCAGCCUGAGGGAGGGUGCCCACCUGCUGCCCUUCCUCUCGCAGUCCGUGCCCAUCAUCUCACACUCCCGCUGGCUGCUGAAGCAGGGAGAGCUGCAGCAGAUGUCGGGCCCCAAGACCUCUCGCACUCUGCGGACCAAGAAGCUCUUCCGAGAAAUUUACCUCUUCCUCUUCAAUGACCUGCUGGUGAUCUGCCGGCAGAUCCCGGGAGACAAGUACCAGGUGUUUGACUCAGCUCCGAGAGGCCUGCUGCGCGUAGAGGAACUGGAGGACCAGGGCCAGACACUGGCCAACGUGUUCAUCCUGAGGCUGCUGGAGAAUGCAGAUGACCGGGAGGCGACCUACAUGCUGAAGGCGUCCUCUCAGAGUGAGAUGAAGCGUUGGAUGACCUCACUGGCUCCCAACAGGAGGACCAAAUUCGUUUCCUUCACUUCCCGGCUGCUGGACUGCCCUCGUCAGUGUGUGCAUCCAUAUGUGGCCCAGCAGCCUGAUGAACUGACACUAGAACUGGCCGACAUUCUGAACAUCCUGGAGAAGACAGAGGAUGGGUGGAUCUUUGGUGAACGCCUGCAUGACCAGGAGAGAGGCUGGUUCCCCAGCAACAUGGCAGAGGAGAUCCUGAACCCCAAAAUCCGCGCCCAGAACCUCAAGGAAUGUUUCCGCGUCCACAAGAUGGACGAGCCCCAGCGCAGCCAGAGCAAGGACCGCAGGAGGCUGGGCAGCCGGAAUCGGCAGUGA